AUGCUGUCUAUUCUACGGAAAGCACGUCUGAAGGACAAGGAGAUGCGUGUCUUGAUGUUAGGUCUUGACAAUGCAGGAAAGACUACCAUCGUGAAACGGGUCAUGAAUGAGGAUGUCAAUACUGUCAGUCCUACGUUGGGAUUCAAUAUCAAGACGAUCGAUUUCCAAGGCUACAAAUUGAACAUAUGGGAUGUCGGAGGCCAGAAGACCAUCCGUACAUAUUGGAGAAACUACUUUGAGAAGACCGACGCUCUCAUUUGGGUAGUCGAUGCUACCGACCGCCUGAGAAUCGAAGACUGCAGACUUGAACUGCAGGGCUUGCUCCUGGAAGAGAGGCUUUCUGGUGCAAGCUUGUUAGUGUUUCUCAACAAAACCGACGUACCUGGCUGCAUGAGCGAAGAGGAAGUCACGAGAUCUCUCGCUUUGGCCAGGAUCAUAACACACAGGUGGGUUGUUAUCCCGUGUAGCGCAAUGACUGGCAAGAAUCUGGACAAGGGCCUGGAUUGGGUUGUUCAAGAUGCAAGGGACCGAUUGUUCUUGUAUUGA